AUGUUUGGCCGCACGGGUUUUAGAGCGUUCCGUGCCUCCAGCUGGCGAUUUCGAAGGUCCACCUCGCCUAGAUGGAUGCACAUGGGGCCCAAGAGGCCAAUUCCACGCAGGGUUUCUGCUUCUGGAUGGAGUGUCUUCGAAGAUCUGAAGCUUGUGUCUUUUGGCUCACACUUAAUCUUCUUCAUGCUCCUGCCUCCGUUCAUCAAGGAGUACACAACCAAAAUAGAUGUCGUGCGCGAGGAUGCCCCGCCGGAGUUGGGGUUGGGAGAAUAUGGAUUGCUCGCUAAUUACAUUCGCCAACGCCCGUUCGAGAAAGUGAGCUUUCUCCAGCCAGGCUUGCUUGAAAAACCUGCCACCAAACAAGACACGCCGUGUGACGUCGAUAGUGCGGUGCUAAGCUUUCCCUCAACUCCAGAUGAGCUGACCGAGUGCAUCGGAGUGCCGAUAUACCUGGAAAACACCAACUUAAGUGUUCCUAAGGAGAUUGACGAACUACCGCGCCGUCUGGUAAGCAAGCUAAAGAACCCGGGCGGAAACACCUCACUGCCUAGAAAAUACCAAGAGAGACAACGGUUGGUACGACACUACAGAAUGCAGCCGUAUGCUGUGGGGGAUCAGAAUGAUCCUGCUAACGUCUAUCUUCAGUUGGAAGAGAAUUAUAACCGGUUGACGAAUUCGCAACAGUCGUCGCUGAAAUACGUCUUGAAUCUAUCGCGCAUUAUUGAAAUGUAUUUGAGUCGAACCACCAGCUACCAGACAGAGUCAAACGAGAUUUUCAAGGUGGUCUUCACGCAGCUCUACGACUUAGAACUUUAUUCUCUGGCUCAGGUUCUGAUAGAGGUGGUGCUCACUACCCCGAUGGAUGACAAGAGCCGUGCGCUGAAGUCGGCACAAAAGGCACAUAUGGAGAUCACACAGAGAUUCCUCAAGACGAAGGCUAAAGGAGAGCGGAUAAUCAUGGCAAAAUCAAAGCUGAGGGGCAAAGUUGGCCAGUCGAGCUUGAAGAUAUACAAUCACAGGUGGGUGGAAUUUAUUUUGAAAGAUGUGGGGCUGUUAACAAAAGUUGUCGACCUUUGGACUAGACUGGAGACUGAUCCUAAAUCGCUCUUGAAUGAACUCUUGGGUAUUGACAAAGGAAGCGGGCUGUCUGCAGACGAACUGCUGAAAAUAAAGGACGUGCUCGUGAGAGGCGGACAUCGUGAUUUGGCGCAAAAGUUCGCAAAACGACUCCAGAACUAA